GUUUCGGUUUAAACAACUUCCGGUUAAAAAAUCCAACAUAUAUAUCGAUACUAUAGUAAUAACACUUUAACUUACAGCUGUUUGCAUAAUGAAAUGGUUUUCAGGAUCCAUUGGUGACGCCAUUCAAAAGUCAAAAAGAGAGAAACGCAUAUUUAUAGUAUAUAUCACAGGUCAAGAUGAACUUUCAAAAAAAAUGGAUGCCACUUUGGAAAACACAGAGGUAACAGCAUUGUGUGGAGCUGAACACUGUGUAGCUCUAACAUUGAAAGCUAAUGGGGAAGAAUGUGGAUUUUUCUCACAGAUUUACCCAGUUGUUACAGUGCCUUCGGUAUAUUUUAUAGCUGUGAAUGGUUCACCUAUUGAAGUAACAGCUGGUUAUGUGGAACCUAAUGCUUUCUGUCAGAUCAUACAAUCAGUCAUUAAAAACCACAGAGCUCAGACUGGUGGCUCUCCUCCUUUGGACACACAACCUAUCCAAAUGUCUAUUGCACAAACAGAAGCUUCCAGUAGUCAGCCUGCUUCCACACAAGCAGACUCAUUAUCAAGCAGUCACACUGCCACUAUAGAUUCUAAUACUUCAGCUGCUCCGGCAUUGGAAGAAAGAAUAGACAUAGCAAAACAAAAGAUUGAAGAAAAAAGAUUACAAAAACAAGAAAUGGAGGAAGAAGGAAGAAGACAAAAAGAAAUAGAAAGAAGAAAAUUGGGACAGGAUAUGGCCAAACUUAAGCAAUUCCAAGAAGAAAAGAAAAGAAAAGAAUUACAGGAGCAGUUAGCCAAGGAGAGGACAGAAAAGACUAAAGAAAGGGAGAGAAUAAAACAAGAAUUAGAAAAAGACAGGGUAGAAAGAGCAGCUAAAUACAGAAAAGAAAGAGAAACACAAGAAAAACAGAAGGAAGAAAUGAAACAAGCCAAAGAAUUGGCACAGAAUAAAAUUAACAGUGAAGCUGAAGCAAAGAAAAGAGAACAAGCUCGUCUUCAGAUACGACUACCAGAUGGUUCUUCAUUAACUAAUGUGUUUCCAUCAGGGGACAGAUUACAAAUAGUGAACGACUUUGUAUCACAGAGGGUAGGAACGAGUGUAACAUUAUCUACAACAUUCCCAAGACGAACUUUCACAGCAGAAGAUAUGUCUCAGACAUUAUUGAUUCUAGAACUGGUUCCCUCAGCAGUGUUAAUUGCCGUACCAGGAAAGAAAAAAGCAAACACUGUUAAUCCAAGUGGUGGAGGAGGUAUCAUUUCAUUGGUAAUAUCUCCAUUAAUUACCCUGUGGAACUUCUUGUAUAUGUUUAUUUUUGGAAGAAGUUCUCCACCACCAGAACAAAAGAAAGAAGAAUAUUCAGAAGCCGAUCAGUUGCUCUCAGAAUCACCAUCUGGUUCAGCUAGCAGAGGUGCUCAACCUCAAAGUGCUUACCAAAGAAGACCAAUUAGGACAGAGGGAAAUGUAAGACGAUUAACAGAUAUGAAAGAUGAUGAUGAUGAUGAUGAAAAUGCAACUUGGAAUGGAAACUCUACACAGCAAAUGUAGAGAAAAUAUAUGUUGUGAAAAUUUUACACUAAAAUGUGUAUGCAGACAUUUGUUUUUAAAUGAAAAUAAGAGUUAUAUUUAAAAGUAUGAACUUUGAAGAUUUUGUUUUUGGUUGUCAGCUAUUUAAAAUAGAAAACAAUGUAUUCACCCUAACAAUCAGACUUAAUUGAUAGAUCAUUGCUUACGACAGAGGCAUUUUAUUUUUUUUAAUGAAGGCUUGUAUUUUAUUAUAUACUUAGCAGUAAAUACAAGUAAAUUGUAUGUGUAAUACAAUCGAUGGCAAUCAUGCUGUAUCAGCCAACCGUGAUGAUAUCGAUGUCAGUCACGAUUGCAAAGGCUUUAUCAAACCCCUAAUCUGUAUGGCAUCAUGUAAUCGAUAUCAGUCACAGUUACAAGGGCUUUAUCAAACCCCUAAUCUGUAUGACGUCAUGUAAUCGAUAUCAGUCACAGUUACAAGGGCUUUAUCAUGUCUAUAUUAGUUGUACUUGAGGUACAUGUAUAUAAUAAAGUGUAUAUGAUAUGGCUUUUUCAAUAUCACACUCUUUAUCAACCCUCAACCAAUAUAAUCCCUCGUGUAGAGCUCUUGGGAUUAUAUUGGUGUCUCGGGUUGAUACAGCUGUGGUAUUGAAAAAUCCAUAUGAUAUUCUCUAUAUAAUUUACCAUAAAGAAAUAAUCACUUUAUAAUAUAUCUGAAAAAAGGGAACAUCAGCAAUGCAAUGAUAACAGAGAAAAAUUAGGAAGACAAAAAGAUGUUGUCAGAUAUUUGAAUUGAGACGUUGUCAAUUAAAUAGUUACAGAUAUGCAUGGAGGGGAUAAUGAUCUAAAAAUUAUCUUUCUUUAAAUAAUUUGUGUUCGUUAUGUAAGUCUUAUUGAUCUUCUGUAUUAUUAUUUUAAACAGAGAUAAGUCGUAACUCAUAUUGAUAAAUGCAUCAUUAAAUUUUCAUUUGUUUUUCAUCAACAUCAUGUGACAAAGGGAUAUGGUAGAAAUUGUAAUAUUUAAAACAGUGGGUAAUUAUUGAUAAUAUAUUUAUAGUCAUUUUCAAAGAUGGCCAUAAUUUGAUUUUUCCUUUUUUUUGCAUUUGUUGUUAUCUGGAGUUCUGUAAAAUACCAUUUUAAAGUCAAGGAACAGACAGUUCUUAGUCAUGAUGAUUGAUUUGAUAAAAUGUGUAGUUAACAAACUUUGCUGGAAUAAAAAAUAUAAAAGCUUCCUCUGGCCUUAUUGCCAUGAAGAAUAUGUAA